CCUGCAAAUUGGACAUAGUACGUUUAAACUGGUCACCUUGGGUUGAAGUGCAAACGUGCACCAAGUCUUGUGAUACCGGUACUACGAUGCGACGGCGGGAAUGCACUGACCAAAAUAAUAGGAUCCAGGUCGGGUGCCGUGGCAGAAAUAUGGAUACACCAGAAUGCAACACGAAUCCUUGUCCAGUUGAAGUACGUUUAAACUGGUCACCUUGGGUUGAAGUGCAAACGUGCACCAAGUCAUGUGAUACCGGUACUACGAUGCGACGGCGGGAAUGCACUGACCAAAAUAAUAGGUUCCAGGUCGGGUGCCGUGGCAGAAAUAUGGAUACACCAGAAUGCAACACGAAUCCUUGUCCAGUUGUACGAAACUGGUCACCUUGGGUUGAAGUGCAAACGUGCACCAAGUCUUGUGAUACCGGUACUACGAUGCGACGGCGGGAUUGCACUGACGAAGACGGUCGAAUCCAGGUCGGGUGCAUUGGCAAGGACAUGGAUGAACCAGAAUGCAACACGAAUCCUUGUCCAGUUGUACGAAACUGGUCACCUUGGGUUGAAGUGCAAACGUGCACCAAGUCUUGUGAUACCGGUACUACGAUGCGACGGCGGGAAUGCAUUGACCAAAAUAAUAGGAUCCAGGUCGGGUGCCGUGGCAGAAAUAUGGAUACACCAGAAUGCAACACGAAUCCUUGUCCAGUUGUACGAAACUGGUCACCUUGGGUUGAAGUGCAAACGUGCACCAAGUCUUGUGAUACCGGUACUACGAUGCGACGGCGGGAUUGCACUGACGAAGACGGUCGAAUCCAGGUCGGGUGCAUUGGCAAGGACAUGGAUGAACUAGAAUGCAACACGAAUCCUUGUCCAGUUGUACGAAACUGGUCACCUUGGGUUGAAGUGCAAACGUGCACCAAGUCUUGUGAUACCGGUACUACGAUGCGACGGCGGGAAUGCAUUGACCAAAAUAAUAGGAUCCAGGUCGGGUGCCGUGGCAGAAAUAUGGAUACACCAGAAUGCAACACGAAUCCUUGUCCAGUUGUACGAAACUGGUCACCUUGGGUUGAAGUGCAAACGUGCACCAAGUCUUGUGAUACCGGUACUACGAUGCGACGGCGGGAUUGCACUGACGAAGACGGUCGAAUCCAGGUCGGGUGCAUUGGCAAGGACAUGGAUGAACCAGAAUGCAACACGAAUCCUUGUCCAGUUGUACGAAACUGGUCACCUUGGGUUGAAGUGCAAACGUGCACCAAGUCUUGUGAUACCGGUACUACGAUGCGACGGCGGGAAUGCAUUGACCAAAAUAAUAGGAUCCAGGUCGGGUGCCGUGGCAGAAAUAUGGAUACACCAGAAUGCAACACGAAUCCUUGUCCAGUUGUACGAAACUGGUCACCUUGGGUUGAAGUGCAAACGUGCUCCAAGUCUUGUGAUACCGGUACUACGAUGCGACGGCGGGAUUGCACUGACGAAGACGGUCGAAUCCAGGUCGGGUGCAUUGGCAAGGACAUGGAUGAACCAGAAUGCAACACGAAUCCUUGUCCAGUUGUACGAAACUGGUCACCUUGGGUUGAAGUGCAAACGUGCUCCAAGUCUUGUGAUACAGGUACUACGAUGCGACGGCGGGAUUGCACUGACGAAGACGGUCGAAUCCAGGUCGGGUGCAUUGGCAAGGACAUGGAUGAACCAGAAUGCAACACGAAUCCUUGUCCAGUUGUACGAAACUGGUCACCUUGGGUUGAAGAGCAAACGUGCUCCAAGUCUUGUGAUACCGGUACUACGAUGCGACGGCGGGAUUGCACUGACGAAGACGGUCGAAUCCAGGUCGGGUGCAUUGGCAAGGACAUGGAUGAACCAGAAUGCAACACGAAUCCUUGUCCAGUUGUACGAAACUGGUCACCUUGGGUUGAAGUGCAAACGUGCUCCAAGUCUUGUGAUACCGGUACUACGAUGCGACGGCGGGAUUGCACUGACGAAGACGGUCGAAUCCAGGUCGGGUGCAUUGGCAAGGACAUGGAUGAACCAGAAUGCAACACGAAUCCUUGUCCAGUUGUACGAAACUGGUCACCUUGGGUUGAAGUGCAAACGUGCUCCAAGUCUUGUGAUACCGGUACUACGAUGCGACGGCGGGAUUGCACUGACGAAGACGGUCGAAUCCAGGUCGGGUGCAUUGGCAAGGACAUGGAUGAACCAGAAUGCAACACGAAUCCUUGUCCAGUUGUACGAAACUGGUCACCUUGGGUUGAAGUGCAAACGUGCUCCAAGUCUUGUGAUACCGGUACUACGAUGCGACGGCGGGAUUGCACUGACGAAGACGGUCGAAUCCAGGUCGGGUGCAUUGGCAAGGACAUGGAUGAACCAGAAUGCAACACGAAUCCUUGUCCAGUUGUACGAAACUGGUCACCUUGGGUUGAAGUGCAAACGUGCUCCAAGUCUUGUGAUACCGGUACUACGAUGCGACGGCGGGAUUGCACUGACGAAGACGGUCGAAUCCAGGUCGGGUGCAUUGGCAAGGACAUGGAUGAACCAGAAUGCAACACGAAUCCUUGUCCAGUUGUACGAAACUGGUCACCUUGGGUUGAAGUGCAAACGUGCUCCAAGUCUUGUGAUACCGGUACUACGAUGCGACGGCGGGAUUGCACUGACGAAGACGGUCGAAUCCAGGUCGGGUGCAUUGGCAAGGACAUGGAUGAACCAGAAUGCAACACGAAUCCUUGUCCAGUUGUACGAAACUGGUCACCUUGGGUUGAAGUGCAAACGUGCUCCAAGUCUUGUGAUACCGGUACUACGAUGCGACGGCGGGAUUGCACUGACGAAGACGGUCGAAUCCAGGUCGGGUGCAUUGGCAAGGACAUGGAUGAACCAGAAUGCAACACGAAUCCUUGUCCAGUUGUACGAAACUGGUCACCUUGGGUUGAAGUGCAAACGUGCUCCAAGUCUUGUGAUACCGGUACUACGAUGCGACGGCGGGAUUGCACUGACGAAGACGGUCGAAUCCAGGUCGGGUGCAUUGGCAAGGACAUGGAUGAACCAGAAUGCAACACGAAUCCUUGUCCAGUUGUACGAAACUGGUCACCUUGGGUUGAAGUGCAAACGUGCACCAAGUCUUGUGAUACCGGUACUAAGAUGCGACGGAGGAAUUGCACUGACGAGGACGGUCGAAUCCAGGUCGGGUGCAUUGGCAAGGACAUGGAUGAACCAGAAUGCAACACGAAUCCUUGUCCAGUUGAACGCGCGGUCCACUGGUCACCCUGGACUGGACUCCCAUUUUGUAGCAAGACUUGCGGUGCCGGCGUUACGUUGCGACGGCGGAAAUGCCUUGAUGAAAGAGGUGUCAAACAGGUCGGGUGCCCUGGCCAGGCAAUGGAUAGACCAGCAUGCAACCCGGGUCCUUGUGGAGUUAUUAAGGGGGUUCGCCGGCUGAGACCGUUCAUGUUCGGUUGAAGUGGGAACGUGCAGCAAGACUUGUGGUACCGGUAAUACGAUACGAUGGCGGGAAUGCCUUGGAGAACAAGAAGAAAUCACGGUCGGGUGCCCUGGCGAGCAAAGGGAUGAACCAGAAUGCAACACGCAUCCUUGUACAUAAGUACCGCCAUGACAAUCUAUGCCUUAUCUUUGCAUGGAUUGAAUAGGUCCGAUAUCAUUCAAGACAAACCAAAUUAAUUGCACAUCAACAUUGUUAAACGAAAUUUGAUACUUAAGAGUGAGAUAUUAAAAACUUCAGCUGAAUUUUUGUUUGUUUGUUUAUUUAUUUAAAUACGGUGAUUUCAAAACAUGCUUUUAGCUUAGCAUAGCUGCUUUUCAGCAUGUCCGUACACGGUACAUUAAAAUAUAUAUGAAUAAACAGAUAAAACUCAAAAUUAAA